AUGAAGCAUUUUACAUCUGUCAUUCUCUUCUUAAUUGUUGCUUCUAUUGGACCAACCGUUGGUGCUAUCAUUCCAGGAACAUAUUUUGACCGGAUUGUUUUAAUCAUUUUUGAAAACACUGGAUAUACUAAAGCGUUAGCACAACCUUAUUUUAAGAACUUAACUCAGCGUAGUAAUGGCCUUCUUCUUUCCAACUUCUUUGCAAUCACACAUCCGUCUCAGCCAAAUUACAUUACUGAAAUUUAUGGCUCAACUGCUGGUGUCACAGAUGAUGCCAAUCAUGACAUUGCCGGAAAAAAUUUAGUUGACCUUCUUGAAGCUAAAGGCAUCUAUUGGAAAGCUUAUAUGGAAGACUAUCCUGGUAACUGUUACACUGGUGCUACUGCUCCUUCUGGCCAACAUUUAUACGCAAGAAAGCAUAAUCCUUUCAUUUCAAUGAAUGCCAUAAGAAAUAAUUCCACUCGUUGUGCGAAAAUAGUUCCUGGUACCCGACUUGAUACUGAUAUAACCAAUAAUCACGUACCACAAUUUGUUUAUUAUACACCAAAUCAAAAUAAUGAUGGACAUGACACUGGUGUAGCAUUUGCGAAUAAUUGGUUAAAAAAUUGGCUUGAACCAAAACUUACUAAAUCAGCAUUUACAACCAAUACCUUAAUAUUUAUUACUUUUGAUGAAGAUGACCGUAGUGAAAGUAAUCAUAUCUAUGGCUGUCUUCUUGGUACUCCUGUUCGUCCUCCUACCAAUCAUACUGACAGUACAAAAUAUAAUCAUUAUUCGUAUUUGGCUACCAUAGAGAAAAAUUGGAAUUUGGGAAAUUUGGCUAGAAAUGAUGUUGGUGCAAGCACCAUUACCAAAUAUUUG